AUGUCCGAGCCCACCAUUGUCCACAGCUCCAACGCACUCCCCACCCAGCCCGCUAACGGCGGCGCGGCUACCCCUUCCAUCCCCGGCCGUGGCGCUUCCUCCACCGGUUCUGGCACUACCGGUGGCUUCGCCACCAAGGCUGGUCUCGCGCAGAUGCUCAAGGGCGGCGUCAUCAUGGACGUCAUGAACGUCGAGCAGGCCAAGAUUGCCGAGGAGGCCGGUGCCGUUGCCGUCAUGGCUCUCGAGCGUAUCCCCGCCAACAUUCGUCGUGACGGUGGUGUUGCCCGUAUGUCCGACCCCUCCAUGAUCAAGGAGAUCAUCGAGGCCGUCUCGAUCCCCGUCAUGGCCAAGUGCCGUAUUGGCCACACUGUCGAGGCCCAGAUCCUCCAGGCCGUUGGCGUCGACUACAUCGACGAGUCCGAAGUCCUCACCAUGGCCGACGACAAGCACCACAUCGGCAAGCACGCCUUCAAGGUCCCCUUUGUCUGUGGCUGCAAGAACCUCGGUGAGGCUCUCCGCCGUAUCUCGGAGGGCGCAGCCAUGAUCCGCACCAAGGGUGAGGCUGGAACCGGCGACGUCGUCGAGGCCGUCAAGCACCAGCGCACGGUCAUGGCCGACAUCCGCAAGGCGGCCAGCAUGUCCGACGACGAGCUCUACGCCUUCGCCAAGGACAUCCAGGCCCCCUACCACCUCCUGAAGGAGACUGCUCGCCUCAAGCGUCUCCCCGUUGUCUCGUUUGCCGCCGGUGGUGUCGCUACACCUGCCGACGCUGCGCUUAUGAUGCAGCUCGGCUGUGACGGCGUCUUUGUUGGUUCGGGCAUCUUCCUCUCGGGCGACCCGGCUAAGCGUGCCCGCGCUAUUGUCCAGGCUGUCACCCACUACAACAACCCCGACAUGCUGGCUCAGAUCUCGGAGAACAUUGGCGCGGCAAUGGUCGGUAUCUCGGUCAAGGACGAGGUCCAGACUGGCCACCAGACUUCGUACGCCGAGCGGGGCAACUAG